AAAAAAUUCAAAAAUAACUCACGAUUUAUUUUUUUGUCAACAAACAUUAAAUUUAAAUUAAUUAAUUCCUACAAUAAUGGCAGGCUUCAGCGGUGCUUUAAAAUUAACAGACUUAGAUGACUUUAUAACGCCAUCACAAGAAUGCAUAAAACCGGUUGAUAUAAAGAAGUCAAAAACUGGAUCUAAAAUUACAAUUCAAGACGAUGGAACAUAUAUUGAGGAAUCGAAACUAGGAUCACAGAAGCUCGAAAAAGUUGAAAUCACAUUAGCUGACUGUUUAGCAUGUUCUGGAUGUAUCACAAGUGCUGAAGGAGUUUUGAUCACUCAACAAAGUCAAGAAGAAGUCCUUCGGAUCCUUAAUGAGAAUAAUAUUGCAAAGCAAAAUGAUGAGACUGAUAAGAUUAAGACAGUUGUCAUUACUGUCUCUCAACAAUCUCUCUUAUCAUUAGCAAAAAGAUAUAGUAUGGAUGUUGUGGAUGCAUUGAAGCAUAUUGCUGGAUAUUUUAAGAAAAUUGGUGCUGAUUAUAUUCUUGAUACUAAAAUUGCUGACGACUUAGCAUUGAUUGAAGCUAGAAAUGAGUUUAUCAAGAGAUAUAAAGAUCAAAAGACUCACAAACUUCCAAUGUUAACUUCGUCAUGUCCAGGAUGGGUCUGUUAUGCUGAAAAGACUCAUGGGAAUUUUAUCAUACCCUUUAUUUCCACUACUAGAUCACCACAGCAAAUUAUGGGGGUUUUAGUAAAAGAGCAUUUAGCAAAUAAGCUUAAUAUUACAGGCGAUAAGAUUUAUCACGUAACUAUUAUGCCUUGUUAUGAUAAGAAACUUGAAGCGUCUCGGGAAGAUUUUUUCAAUGAAGCACUUGAUUCACGUGAUAUUGAUUGUGUUAUUACAUCUAUUGAGAUCGAACAAAUGCUGAUUAAUGAAGGCAAAAAUCUCAAUGAAUUUGAAAAGGGUGAAUUUGAUUGGCCAUGGACUAGUAAAAUACCUGAGAAUUUUGUCUGGUCUCAUGAGUUGUCUGGAUCAGGUGGAUAUUCUGAUUAUAUCUUCAAAUAUGCAGCAAAAGAACUUUUCAAUGAAAAUGUUGAAGUCCUUGAAUAUAAAAAUUUACGAAAUCCAGACUUUCGAGAAGUAACUUUAGAAAAAGAUGGUCAAGUCUUGUUGAAAUUCGCAAUCGCUAAUGGAUUCCGUAACAUUCAGAACUUAGUUCAGAAGCUGAAACGAGGAAAAUCAAAUUAUCAUUAUGUUGAAGUUAUGGCAUGCCCAACUGGAUGUCUUAACGGUGGUGCACAAAUUCGACCACAAAACAAUCAACAAAUGAAGGAAUUAACACGUGAACUUGAAGAAAUGUAUCGUUCCUUACCAAAGUCACAGCCCGAUAAUGACGAUGUGAAAGUCAUUUAUGAAGAAUUUUUUGGUGGUAAUGACAGUGAUAAGGCACAGAAAUUACUUCAUACGUCUUAUCAUGCUGUAGAGAAAAUGUCUACUGCAUUAACUAUUAAGUGGUAAUUGCUGUAUACAAACUAUUUUGUAAUGAAACUUUCUUACUUAAGGUCAAUAAAAUUCCAUGUCUAGCUUAUUUUUGAUGCUUUGAAGUUAUAGAACAAUUAUUUUAUUCGUGAUAGAAUAUCAGUAGC